UUGCGGAACAGGACGAAACAAGUAAGAUAGACAAGUUAACGUUCGUGCUUCCAUUCGCUUUCUCAGUCCGUCUGAUUAUUCUGAGCGCUGAAUGAGACAACACGACCUUGUCACCACAAGACUCUCGAACACCGGGUAAAAAGCACGCCAGAUCCUCUGCCUUCCUGUCUGUUCUUCCGAUACGAUGUGUAUCCUUGGACAUUAAACUCUCAGCUAUAAUCUUCUUCCAGCCAUGAUUCCAUGAUAUCUACAGUAUCAUACCUGCCAAUCUGCAACAGCGCUGAGAUAACCUACACGAAGACAAAGAGGAGACCCAAGCCCCCAACCACUCUCACUGUAUGGUGUUGGGAUUACUGGAUUGUCACACAGGACACGCUGCCAGAAACAGUGAUGAACAAUAGGAAGCACAAGCUCCAGGAGAUAACCUACACGAAGACAAGAGACCUGAGUCCCCAAACUACUCUCCCUGGUCAGUGCUGGGAUUACUGGAUUGUCACGCAGGCCACGCUGUGAGAAACAGCUUUCAAGAAUGGGAGGCGCAAGCUCCAGGCAACAGGUGGCUCAGACUGAGAAUUCCACCUUCUUCACGAAGGAAGAGCUCAACAAACUGAAGUCCGACUUUGAAACAGGUGGGGUGAAAAAAGUUACGUCUUUGAUAGAGCAGAAGGUAUCAGAACUGGAUAAGACAGAGCUUAACAUCGCAGUGACGGGAGAGUCAGGUACAGGAAAAUCCACCUUCAUCAAUGCCAUGAGAGGACUUCGGAGCACAGAUCCGGGAGCAGCUGAAGUUGGGAUCAGGGAAACUACAAUGGAGCCAACUGGAUACCGACAUCCCAACCUGCCGAACGUCUGCUACUGGGACCUGCCAGGAAUCGGGUCUAUACAAGUUCCAGCUAGUAGAUAUGCCUGGAAAAUGAAAUUUGAAAGAUACGAUUUCUUCAUCAUAAUAUCAGCUGGUCGUUUCAAAGAAAAUGAUGCAAAACUUGCAAAAGAGAUUAAACGGCUUCGGAAAAAUUUCUAUUUUGUCCGCUCUAAGAUUGAUGUUGAGUUUUAUUUGAUGAGAAUGGAAAGGAAGGAAAUUAAUGAAAAAAAAGUGCUGGAGGAUAUUCGGAGUAACUGCAUUAGUCGGUUGACGGAAGUGGGGAUUCUAAGUCCGACUGUGUUCCUGAUAUCCAGUUUUGAGCAGGAUCGAUAUGAUUUCAAUCGGUUAAAUAAGGCACUUGAAGAUAAUCUGCCAAAUGUAAUGAAAAGUAUCUUUGUCCUGGCCUAUCCAAACCGAUGUGUGGAGAUUGUUCAGGAGAAAAGCAAGAUGCUGCGGGAACGUGUCUGGAUGUUAGCAACACUUUCGGGAGCUGUCGGGGCAAUCCCCAUUCCUGGUGUCUCUUUAGCUUGUGAUAUCAGCAUACUGAUUACAGGAAUAAUCCAGUUCCGUAAAUGUCUAUGUCUGGAUGAAGCUUCUCUUCAAAGACUGGCCAACAUCACAAAUAAACCUGUGGAAGAGCUUAAGGCCGUAAUUAAUCCAUCACUUCUGGGGGAAAUAGAUAAAAAUAUAAUUAUAAGGUUAGGUUGGGGAGCUACAGUUGUUGCCAUUUCAGCUUUGGAAUUUGGUCUUGACUUCAUCCCUGUCAUUGGUUCCAUUUUUGGAGCAGGAUCAUCAUUUCUCAUGACCUACACAAUACUGACCGAUGCACUGAAGGACCUUACAGACAGCGCAGAGAGGGUGGUGAAGGUAGCAUAUGAUACAGUGGAUUCCUGUGAACUGGGCCAUCAGUUAAUCAGACAAAGAGGAGACCCAAGUCCCCAACCACUCUCCCUGUUUGGUGCUGGGAUUACUGGAUUGUCAGACAGGCCACGCUGUGAGAAACAGCCAUCAAGAAUGGGAGGUGCAAGCUCCAGUCAACAGGCGGCUCAGUCUGAGAAUCUCACAUUCUUCACACAGGAAGAGCUCAAGAAACUGAAUUCCGACUAUGAAACAGGUGGGGUGGAAAAGAUUAAACCUCUGAUAGAGCAGAAGCUGGUGGAACUGGAUGAGACAGAGCUUAACAUCGCAGUGACGGGAGAAACAGGUACAGGGAAAUCCACCUUCAUAAAUGCCAUGGUAGGACUUCGGAACACAGAUGAAGGAGCUGCUAAAUCUGGGAUCAGGGAAACUACGAUGGUGCCAACCAGAUACCCACAUCCCAAUCUGCCCAAUGUCUGCUACUGGGACCUGCCAGGGAUCGGAUCCACAAAAUUUCCAGCUGGUACUUAUCUCAAGAAAAUGAAUUUUGAAAAAUAUGAUUUCUUCAUCAUAAUAUCAGCUUGUCGUUUCAAAGAAAAUGAUGCAAAACUUGCGAAAGAGAUUAAACGGCUCGGGAAAAAAUUCUAUUUUGUCUGCAGCAAGAUUGAUGUUGAUUUUUAUUCAAUGAAAAAGGCAGGGAAGGAAGUUGAUGAGGAAGAAGAACUGGAAUAUAUUCGGAAUGGCUGUUUAAAGAAUUUGAGGGAAGCCGGGAUUCUGACCCCGCCUGUGUUUCUGAUAUCCAGCCUUGAGCAGGAUCGAUAUGAUUUCAAUCGGUUAAAUAAAACACUUGAAGAUGAUCUGUCGAAUAUAAAGAAAAGUAUCUUUGUCCUGGCCUAUCCAAACCGAAGUGUGGAGAUUAUUCAGGAGAAAAGCAAGAUGCUGCAGAAACGUGUCUGGAUGUUGGCAAUGCUUUCAGGAGCUGUGGGAGCAGUUCCCGUUCCUGGUCUCUCUUUUGCUUGUGAUAUCGGCAUAUUGAUUGGGGCAAUAAUCCAUUUUCGUAAAUGUCUGUGUCUGGAUGAAGCUUCUCUUCGAAGACUGGCCAACAUCACAGAUAAACCUGUGGAAGAGCUUAAGGCCGUAAUUAAUCCAUCACUUCUGGGGGAAAUAGAUAAAAAUAUAAUUAUAAGGUUAGGUUGGGGUGCUGUGACUUUUGCUGUUUCAGCUGUGGAAUUUUGUAUUGAUUUCAUCCCUGUCAUUGGUUCCAUUUUUGGAGCAGGAUCAUCAUUUCUCAUGACCUACACAAUACUGACUGAUGCACUGAAGAACCUUACAGACAGUGCAGAGAGGGUGGUGAAGGUUGCAUAUGGUAUUGAUUAACUGGUCAGCACCAACAUCAAUACAAUGAGCUCAUGUCAUGCUGUGGAUGAAAUAUUUAAUCAGCCUGUCACUAAACACUGUUGUACAUGACAACUUUCCCCUUUGUUGCUUUCCUUUCUGAAAUAUUGCUUAUCCAUUUCUGAGGAACACUUGUGCCUGGCUGAGGGAGUGCGAUUCCGUUAAAGACAUGAAACAGGUGGACAUAAGUGACAUUUGAUCCUCAUUUGAAGAGGAGCCGAGAAAUCAUCUCCAAUUGUCUGAAUGAUGUUCACCCGUCAAUCAAUAGGCCAGUGUCAGAAUGUUUGAUCAUUAUAAGGUCACAGAGUAUGCAAUAUUGCUGUGUACAAACUAAUGACAAACAAAAGGCAUUUCAAGAAAUCAUUAAAAAAUGACUCCUAACUGAAGCACAACUCACAUUUAGAAAAAGCAGUUGAAAUCACUAUAUCAAUGGAAGCAGCAGAGAGACAAUUGAGUUGAAGUCAGGAAUGAAAGUGAGCGUGAGCAAAAUUGCAGUGUCUGACCAGCCAGAUCAAUCAAUUUGUGUUACCAUUGUGGCAGGACUCACAUACACCAGACCAUUGUAUGUUUAAAGGUGAAACUUGCAGAAAAUGCAACAAAGUAGGUCACAAAUCAUGUCUGGCAGACAAAAAUGAAUAGACUGCAGAGGGAAGAGAAAAAGAUAAAAAGUCAACAUGCAGUUUCAAAAACAGCAUAAUCAAUGGGCUGUUGAUGAAAGAUCUGAUAAUGUUGAGAGUGACACAGGACUGAGUAGCCUACAAGAGACAUGUAAUAAGACUUACACCAGAAAUGAACAGCAAAUUAAUUAAAAUGGAAUUGGACAAUGGCUCGGCUGCUUCAGUCAUUUCACAAAAUGAGUUUCAAUUGCAUUUUAAACUGAACUGAAGCCUCCGAUAUUCAACUAAAAUAUUACACUGGAUAAAAGAUAACUCCAGUGGGAGUGACAUUUGUAACAGUGAGGUGCAACAACCAACAAGACACAUUGGGCUUGCAUGUGGUGAAAACAGCGGGGCCAGCAUUAUGGGGAUGUGAGUGGCUGAGACAACUACAACUUGACUGGAGAAAUAUCCUCCAUUUGCAUGCCGCAUCCUCUGCCAUAGAGUCAACAGAAAAUUAAUUAAGAAAGGUGCUGGAUGAUGCCACAGCAGUAUUUAAGGAUGGCACUGGAAAACUCAAAGAUAUCAAGGGCAAAAUAGUGUUAAAUGAAAAUGCCACACCCCAAUGUAACAAAGCCCUUCCAGUCCCUUGUACAACCUGUGACAAAGAUUCGAGUGAACUGGAUCGGCUGGAGACUGAAUAAUUAUUUUCAAGGUUCAGUGGAACCCAUGAACAACAGCAGUGGUUCCAGCAGCCAAGAAGAAUGGGUCUGACAGGAUAUGUGGUGAUUUUAAGGGUAUCCCCCACCCAGUCCUGAAAGUAGAUCAAUGCCCUCUGCCCAGGAUAAAGGAUAUCUUAGCAAAUCUUUUUGGAGAGAAGCAUUUCAGCUGUGGAUUUAACUGAGGCUGACCAACAGAUGGUGAUGUUAGACAAUGGACUCAAACGUUACAAUCCACCUCAUCCAAUGACGCUUGCCUGUGAUGCCUCACCUACCGAUGUAGGUGCAGUUAUGUCAAGUGUUGUGACUGAUGGAAAUGAUCACCCCAUAGCCUUUGUGACAUGUUCCCUGACCGCUGCAGAGUAAAAUAAUGCACAGACUGACAGGGAGGUGUUGAAUCUGGUUUGGGGUGUAAAAUAGUACAACCACUACCUGAUGGACUGAAAAGCCAAGGGUUUGGACCAGAGACAAGUGUCAAUCCACAGAAAGGUAUCUCACAAACAGCAGCAGCACGAAUGCAAAGGUGGGCUCGGUUUCUUGGAGACAACAACCACAAGGUCGAAUUCAAGAGAAUGACUAAUCAUGGAGUUGCUGAUGGAUUGUCCUGAUAUUCUUGGAAAGGGAACUACCUGAAAUUUUACAAAAGUGAACACUCAUCUUGAUGUGUUCUCCCUAAUGCAAAUCAAAUGUUUCUUACAGCAGAGAUAAUCCAAAGGGAAAGCAGAAAAGACCCAACACUGUCUCAGUUCUGCAUGGUCACUCAAAAUAGCUGGAAUGUGUGGCAGGAGUUCCAGUUCCCCCAUUUUUACCAGUGCCGGGAUGAACUUGCCCUUGAUGGAGCAUCCUCCUUGCAUAUUGUAAUGCAACACACUCCACAACCAACAACUCACCAGCUGUUCUGUGGAUGUCUAUAUAGCAGUUGUAUUAUGUAGUAAAUGGUACAUGUAUGUGUGUGUGUGUAUUUGAGUUAUAUUGCAAAUAUAUUGUUUGAUUAAGCAUUCUCUGGUUUUUAAAAAUAAUUAAUUAUGUGUUAUAUGCAACUGUGCGUUAAUGUCAUCUGUCAUCGAAUCAC